AUGGGAAAGCCACUGAGCUUAGGGCCACACCUCAAAUACCCAAUUACAAUCAAUAAGAUUGCCAAGAAGCCCGGCGACGCCGUCAAGAAACAAGAGACAAUCCUCCAAUACACGUUCAAAUGGAUGAACCAAGUCGGCGAUCCAUUUGGCGAGCAAUGGGAGGAGGAGCAGACGAGUUGGGCCGACUGGGAUAGCCCUUCCGAUGGCAGCAUCACGAAGUGGAAGGUACAUGAGGGCCAGGUCAUCGAGGGGAAUAUGCAAUUCGUGGAAAUUGAGGAGGAAUGCUCACACUCGAUCCAGUUCGCAGGCCUUUGUGGCCUGUGCGGGAAAGAUAUGACCGAGAUGUCCUGGGUUAGCGCGUCAAGUGAUACAGACCGGGCGAAGAUCAAUAUGAUUCACGACCAGACUGCGCUACGAGUCAGCCAAGAUGAAGCUUCCAAGGCGGAGGAAGAAUUACAACGGCGCUUGCUCAAGCAUAGGAAGUUAUCGCUUGUAGUGGAUCUGGAUCAGACCAUUAUACAUGCAUGCAUCGAGCCGACGGUUGGAGAGUGGCAAAGCGAUCCGAGUUCACCAAAUUACGAGGCCGUCAAGGACGUGAGAGUAUUUCAACUGAAUGAUGAUGGACCCCGAGGUCUGGCUUCAGGAUGCAAUUAUUAUAUCAAGAUGCGGCCUGGACUGAAAGAAUUCCUCGCCAAGGUUGCGGAGAUAUACGAGUUACACGUUUACACGAUGGGUACGAGAGCGUACGCCUUGAAUAUUGCCAAGAUUGUCGACCCAGACAAAAAGCUAUUCGGUGACCGAAUUAUCAGCAGAGACGAGAAUGGCAAUAUCACAGCAAAGAGUCUAGCCCGGUUGUUCCCUGUGGAUACCAAAAUGGUCGUUAUUAUCGAUGAUCGAGCUGAUGUUUGGCCAAAGAACCGACCUAACCUCAUCAAAGUUCUACCUUAUGACUUUUUCAAGGGCAUUGGAGAUAUCAACUCGAGCUUUCUUCCUAAACGAGAAGAACUACCGAAACCUACCGAGGCGCCGAAGAAGAAGGCCUUCAAGGAAAUAGAAGCAAAAAAACCGACUGAAGACAAAGCUGCCGAGGGGACUCCAGCCAGCAUCGAGACCACUCAAGAACCAACCGAGACAGGGACAGAUACGCCUGAGGAAGGUGGGAAAAUCAGUGCAUUAGAAGAGCUGGUUAGAAUGGGCGGUGGCGGUGAUGAAGCUCUACGCCUCGAGCAAACCGCCGAACAAGAGAAAUUCUUAGAAAAGCAAUUAAAGGAUCGACCGUUAUUGCACCUACAAGAGCAACUAGAUAAGGAGGACGAGGAGGUAGACGAGGAAUCCAAUGAAGAGACAAAGAAUGGCAGCACCACCCCUGAACACCACCCCCACCACCGACAUAACUUACUCAAAGACGACGACGUCGAACUCAUGUACCUCGAGAAGCAUCUUACACAAGUUCAUAAGUCGUUCUACGAUGAGUAUGAUAAGGCGCUUGUUAGUGCUCCGGGCGGUCGUGUUGCACAAUUAAAGCCUGGACAUAAUAAGAAAAUGUCAAUUAAGGGCGAGGCAGCGGAUUUGAAGAUUGUCCCAGAUGUUGCGGUGGUGAUGCCACGAAUAAAGGCCAACACACUGGCGGGCUGCGUAAUUGUGAUGUCCGGCCUAGUUCCAUUAGGAAUUGAUCUUCUAAGGUCCGAGAUUGCUUUACAAGUCAUGAGCUUUGGAGCCGAAAUUCAUACAAGGGUUUCGAGGAGAAUUACUCAUCUAGUGGCCUCAACGAGUCGGACUCGGACAAGUAAGGUUAGGCAAGCAGCCAUCUACCCUCAUAUAAAGAUCGUGAACCAGGAGUGGCUGUUGAACUCGAUGAGCAAGUGGGAAAAAGCGGACGAGACGCCAUAUCUGAUCGAGAUAUCUGAGUCAGAUCGAAAGCGAGGAGAAGAUGGGGGCGACUUAAGUGGCCCGUCAUCAAUUCACGACUCCGACGAGAGUGACGACUCUGGCCCAAGCUCUGACGAAGAAAAUGAUUCUGUUCCUAACAGUCAAGAAUCAGCAGACACCGUUGGUGUUAUGCCCGAGGAUUUCGACGAAGGCCAUUCGCCCAUCGACGACCUCAAAAACUUCAACUGGGCAUCAGCCGACGAUGAAUUAGCCGAAUUCAUGGAUGGCGAAGAAGAAGACUCGGGAUCCGAGAGCGAUACGGCGAGCGUUAAGAGUACUACAAGUCACGAUAGCUCCUUGGUGCGGGGGAGUAAACGCAAACAUGGAGAGACGACAGCAACGGAUGAUGAUAGUGAUGGAGAAAGCACGUUAUCUAAAAAGCAACGGAUUGCAAAUUCACGGACUACGGGGUUGAAUAUGGUUAAGACGCCUAAUGGGAUGGUGUCGGAAAAUGGCCUCCCUACGCCGGGCCCGAUGAGCGACGGAGGGGAUGGUGAAGAUGAGGGAGGUACAAAUGAUGGUGAAGGUGUCGAUGGGCUAGAGGACGAUCUUGAGAAGGAGAUGAUGGCUGAGUUUGAGAGGGAGGAGGCUGAGGCGAUGGGUGGGGAUGGCGGUUGA